AGGUGUCAAAUCUGUAACUCGCACACCUCUGUUGUCUUCAUAUUGUUAUCGUUGUUCAAAGACAAGCUGAAGUAGCUUGAACUUCUGAACCGGAAACUUGCUUCUGGAGAGCCGUGGGUCAAACUCUUGAACUAGUGGAGACUGGAUAGUUCAUCUGUUCUUCAGGCCUAAAAGCAGAGAAGAUGUCCUUCCUCCUGCAGCAGAUGUUGGGGGACAAACUGAAGAACAUGACAGGAGGAGGAACCACCGAUGGAGAGGAGAGCGAGGGCGGGAAAGAGUCGGCGGCGUCUAAAGGAAUGAGCAGAGAAGAGUUCGAGGAGUAUCAGAAACAACUGAUCGAGGAGAAAAUCACCAGGGACAAAGAGUUUGCAACAAAAAAAGCCGAGCGAGCAAACUUACGAGUGCUGAUGCGUGACAAAUACAGAAUACCACAGAGUGCUCAAGAUGAAGCCACCGUGCAGAUGGCCGGAGACGACCUGGACAUUCCCGAGGAGCUGGCGAAGAUGGUGGAUGAAGACGAGGAACAGGAAGAGAUGAAUGAUUCUUUUCUGGGAAAACUCCAGAACAUGGACGUGGACUUUGAUUCGAUCAAAGCCAAAGCUCAGAGCACGAUGACGGAGGUGAAACAGGUGGCGGAAGAAAAAUGUGUCAUGAUGUGAUAAUAAGGUUAAACAAACCAACAAGUGUGUAUUAAAAAAAAAUCUAUAUAUUUUUUAAUAAUAAAGGAAUAUUUUACUCAAAUGGAAAUUCCGUCCACAUUUCAUCACCUUUUACCUCUAGUAUGACUUAUUAAUAUUAUUCUGAACAACAUAUACUGUAUGCAAUGACACCAAGGUGACUGAAAAAUGACUGAAUUUUCAUUUUCGAGUAUACUGUCCCUUUAAGAGGGUUAUAGUGUACUGUCCCUUUAAGAGGGUUACAGUGCAAUAUACUAUAGAGGUUACAAUGCUUUCUACAUGCUUCAGCCAAGCAGGAAUUUCUGGAUUAAUAUCUUGUAUCACAGGAAAAUAAACUAACAAACA